AUGCCCGGCAGGUUGAUUAUGGAUCAACACGGCGUGACUGCGUCGCAAGACUUGAAAAAGGAUCGGAAUCAAGCACAAGAAGGACACUUGCCGCAGAAGCGCGACUUUGCGCAAAUGCAGACCCCGCAGGCCAACGGCAGUCAUGCUCAGAAUGGAUCUUUACCGAAUGGUCUGCCAGUACAGGCCCCGCCAGCCACGAACGGCCAGAUCAGCAAUGCGAACACCACAGCGAGUUUACCCGCUCCACCUCCGCUAGAUGGAUCAUGGCGCGACGAGCCAGUCAACAAGUCUCUCGGGACGUUGAUCGAUAGGCUGGCGCAGCAGUGCUUCGGCGAUCUGAACGAGACCUUGACGAAGAUGGCAGAAACCUCUACAGCUGGUCCAGGAGCACAGCCCAAUGGUAUUGUGCCGCAUACCACCGACACCAACGAGGCAAGUUUGAGCAAGAAACGUCUGCUUAUGGAUUUCGCCUCCAAUCAGCGGGAUCGUUUUAUCAAGACACUGGUCCUGUCAGAUUGGGCACGUAAUGCGGACGACAUGGCACGACUGAUUGAUAUUCGACUCUGGGCUGCCCGACAGGCCGACGCACAGCGAUUUGCCAUCAACUUCUUCUAUUCUACGAAGCAGGACAUGCGCCUCGCGAAGAUGCCAAAUCCGAACAUCGAAGCCGCCCUAGAGAUUCUCUCGACCGGCAAGACAUCAAACUUCCCUGACCUUGGCUACUUGCCUCCAAAACGUCUCUCUGCAAAGCAGCUGUUGAAGACUCUUAGAGGCAUGAACGUAACCUUGAUCGAGCGUUUGAAUCUGCAUGAAGAUCUCCCUCCACAUUUCAACGACUUCUCUGUUGCGAAUGGAAGAGCAACCUUCCGGGUGCAAGACGAAUUUGAAGUCGAUGUUUCAGUUGCCGAUGAAGACCCGUCGACACCCUUCUACUUCAUUGAUAUUCGAUUUCUCUUUGCUCCACCGCCAAGCUUAUCGGACGACGGAUUGCGCAUGCGCUUGGAAGAACGCGCCAAUGCUACCUUGGCUUCAAGCGGACUGCAAGGCUGUUAUGAUUUCUUGCAUAGAUUUGUGCUGGCUCACAAGGUCAAUGUGCUGCGUGCGCAGGCAUCCAAACUUAUUCGCGAUAAGUGGUUUGACUGCCUCCAGCCGGAACUGCAUCGACAGGUCUUCACUCUUCAAUACUGGAAGGGACAGCGGGCAUCAAAGAGUUGGAUUGAGCUGGGAAUCAGCUCCGGCAAGCAAAAGGGUUUAAACUCAAGACGGCCUCCAAUCCCACGUAACUCUUUCCGCUGGUUCCGCCAAGGCCAAGAAGUCAAGGACCAUCACAUCCACAUCGACUGGCAAAAUUUGAGUCUGGAGAGCAUUCUGGCGUCAGUGACCGCGAAACAUACCCAGUGGCUGCUGCAUUCGAUCAAGGAGCGAUUCGAAGUUCUUGCUGGCCAGAAUUGUCAAGUUGAUGUCCAGCUGAAUAUUUCUAACACGGAUCCGGACGACUGCCACCUGGCAUUAUCGCUUCCAGGUCUGCAAAAGUCCGUCGUCACCCGCUUCGAGCCUAUUACGGGCCGGAUUUCGGUAUCCCCACCGAACAGGCACGCCCAGCAUGCAGAGAACUUCAUCAACAGCACCGCAAAUGCAGACGCAGGCCGCGCCCUGGCAGAAGUCCUUGCUCGUUCCCUUCAGGACAGGCUUGCCCCUAUGGCAGAUGCCGCCGGCUGGACGCCUGUCGAGCAGAACAAGAUAGUCGUGCCGCCAGCUAUGAGGGCCACUCUGGGAGCAGACGCCGUGCGCCGCAGCAUGUACAAGUGCAGCGAAGGAUGGGGAGAUGCCUGGGCAUUAUAUGUCCAUUUUGGCCUUGAGGGCGAGAAGUGGUUUGUGGUGCGCAUCCAGGAGAGCAUGGAACAAGGACGUCCUGUGAGAUUCAUGUCUGCGGCGAGAAGACUGAAUCUUUCAAGCACGCUUGCCGAUCUGACUCAAGCUUCACUGCGACAUAUACAAGAAGUGGCAGAGGCAGAGGUAUCCUUCGCAGUGCUCAUCCAAGAGCUCGACGAAAGCCAGCUUGAAUACCGCAUCGAGUCUACAUGUUCGCUAACUGAGCGUGGUGCAGAUGCUGGCCCUGGCCUCGCCAUCUACUUCUCAAUGAACACGCCCACGAAGCAGUCUGGGCCCAGAGCAUCGCUACUACCUUUCAAACUGGCUUCAUGGAUCCGUCUUACACCUUCGACGCUGACGGACAUGGAGAACGGGCUUGCAGAAGUUCGCCACGAAGUACGAUUCACCGUUGAUCCUAGUAAAUUUCAGCAUCUCUCUCAGCACCUUACAAAUUCCACACGAAAGUCUGAUAUCGCAAUGAACGAUUCCGGCGCAUUGGGGUUCAGAGUCAGCGUACCUUUCGGCAAGCCAUACUUGGCAGUGAUCCAACGCAGGCUGGUCCAUUGUGAUCGUCUCAAUCAUUAUCUCGAGGUGCUCAAGCGGUUUGGGUACCGGUGUACAGAUGUUGGCCUGGACAUCCUUUCCUUCGUCUAUUCGGACAGAGAAGACUUGGGCGCACAGAUUACGUUCAGCAAGGAUGUAGCUCAGUCUGCUAAGCUGAAGCUGACGCCAAUCCAUAGCAAUCCGCACCAGCGUAUACGUGUGGUACUGGAGAAUUCAUACCAUAGAGCCAUGAACCGCGGCCUUAUGCAGCUCGCUUGGGAUCUGCGUGUAACUCUACCACUGUUGCGGUUAUUCGACAAGCUGGAGUCUGCAGACCCAGCAGGCGAGUCCGUGUCGGUCUACGCUCGGGACGUUCACCGUUACACGUUGGCCUACAAGGCGCCUCUACCCGCGUGUAGCUUUGCAAUAGACGUAACGAAAAAGCCCAGCCAGGUCCCUGGGCAGACCGUCGUCCUAUUCCGAUGCAAGGCCGAAGCUGCCCUCAGCGACGGUGCUUUCUCGCAAGCGUUACGCGAGUUCAGCAAAGGUGGCGGUCAAGACUGGUUUGGUGACCAUGUCGGCGGUUUCGGCAGCGGCGUAGCAGGACUCGAAGAAGCAUUCACCAAGCUCGACCAGACCAUCCGCAAAUGCGAGGGCGCCGCCAACUUUGCUGCCAAGAAGCAAGACACGCCUACAGAAAACUUGAAGUCGAAGCCAGCACCAGCUUCGACACAGUCACAACAACCUACGAUGCAACGCACGCAGAGCCAACAGAGACCAGCAGCGCAACCAAGACAACACUCUCGAAACAGCGUCAAAAAGGAAGUCAUCGAGCUUGACUAGUGGAUUAGACGGACAAACUUCGUACUUUUGUUUUCACG